AUGAAAACCCACUUGGCAAAGCAUGGCAUUCACUGCCCGACCUCCAGUAUACAGCCAGCGAAGAAGGGACAAGACAUUCGGAGUUUUAUGGGUGGUAAACAGAGUCUCACCCAUCAAGAGAUCUUAGAAAGGAAUGCCAUUCGCUGGAUCGUAACUGAUAUGGUGACUGAUAUGAAAGCCUUCACCACUGUCGAGUCUCCAGAGUUUCAGCAAAUGUUCCGAGACAUUCCUGGAAUUGAGCCUCCUUUCACAUCUCGCCACACCUUGUGGGAUCGAAUCAUGCAAGAGUUCGCUAUACAGCGCAAGACCUGA